AUGAGCAUCGCAACCAAAACACCCCCUUGGUCACUGAAACUAAAGCUUCUUCAAUGGGCACAUUUGUGGGGCAUAUACUACCUGGUUUGGCCAUGGUUCUUCUUGGCUUAUGGCACACCAUCAACACAAUCAAUGACUACUAUCUCAAAGGCUCUCCAAACUUUGUUUCAACUUUCUGGUACCCAUUCAAGUGCCCUCUUUCCAAACUCAAACACUUGGAACUCCUGCUCAUCCUAUCUUUCUCCAUCUUUGCCAUUUGCAUGGAAGUCUUAGACUACCCUUUCUUCUGUUUCUCCUUCAAGCUCGACAAUUUUGAGCACGCAACAAUGUUCCUCCACCUAGCCAUAUUUGCAGGAUUUACCCUCUGUGCCGAGUUAACUCAUUCAUCUGAUAUCCUCUCCGGGGUCUCUGGAGUCCUGGCUGCCUCUGUUUUUGGUCAAGAGCUUUUCCUACUUCACUAUCACUCGGCCGAUCAUGUUGGCCUCGAAGGCCAUUACCAUUGGCUUUUGCAGCUCAUAGUGUUUGUCUCCCUCGUGGCCUCUGUGUCUUCAACUAGUUUCCCUACCAGUUUCCCUGCAGCACUUGUUCUCACGAUUUCAGUUGUUUUCCAAGGUUUCUGGUUCAUUAACAUGGGAUUUAUUUUAUGGGUUCCAGAGUUUAUUCCACGGGGAUGCGUUGUUGCGCGGUUGGGUGAUGCUGGCACUGACAAUAUGCAGGGGGCAGUCAUGUGUCAGACGCAAGAGGCCAGUGUGAGGGCGAUGGCACUGGCCAACAUGCAAUUCAGUUGGAUACUUGCUGGGAUUAUGAUUUUCACAUCAUGUGUUUGCUUAAAAUUUGGUAGGAACUCUAAGCCAAGAGGCCAGUCAAGUGAAUAUGAGCAACUUCAUAGCAAAGGUGGAAGUGUCUCUGUUGCCAUUACUGGCUUCAAGCAAGCUAAUCCAUGAAAUAUUGCAGUAUAUGUAUAUAAUGUUUCUAUCUUAUAUCUAAAUGGACUAAAUUGUAUCUGAACUUGUGUGAGUCUUGGUAGUAGGAUUAGAUUGCUGGAUAUGCUGUUAUUUUUCAGCUUCUUAGAACAAGUACUUGUGAGCUGGUGUGACCAACCCAACCUGGGCUUGUUCGUUUGCUUCUUAACAAUUGUAGAGCAUGGAAGAGAAAGAGACUAUUCCUCUUGGUGGUUUUUGACUCUUUUGAAAACCAUGAAAUUUGUGGCUGCCAUGAGGACACGUGUCUCCACUAUAAUAAUGAAAAGCAUCUCUCGUGGAAUAAUUAUUUUGUUUUA